GUGACGUGUGAAUGACGUAUCCGGAAGUGCAGCAUGUGAGAAAUGAGCGUGUUGACAGUCAGAGAUAUGUUACAGUCGACUAAUUUGAUACAACUUUUAGUUGGAUGUGAUGCACCGAGCAUCGAUAUUCAUUCAGUACCAGUGGUCGAAAAUUCUAGUGAUUUAUUUUCUCAGCAGUUAGUCAGAAGAGGCGAUGGACUGGAGGAAAACAGCUCUCCGUUUAAAUUCACACCCCAGAGAAUUCGUUUAGAUAAAGAUGAUGAGUUAUUUGUGGAUGGCGACGUGCACCGACACUUAUAUUUGCAGGAUCUCAUGACGCCACUUGCAGAAAGACCUCCAGCAUUAAUCAUUUCAGAAUUCCAGUGCCACAUCGCCGGCUGUAAGCAGCUCUUUGACACUCUUGAGGGAUACGAGCACCACUAUAAUUCACUUCAUCGUCAUGUGUGCUCCAGCUGCAAGCGCGCCUUUCCAUCCAACCGUCUGCUGGAUAUACACAUAUUAGAGUGGCAUGACUCUCUCUUUCAGGUCAUGGCAGAGAGAGAGUGUAUGUAUCAGUGCUUGGUUGAAGGAUGUGGACUGAAAUUCCAAACCAGCAAAGAAAGGAAAGAGCAUCUGAUCACAACUCACAGCUAUCCAUCAGACUUCAGAUUUGAUAAACCAAAGAAAAUCAAAAGAGGAACAAAAGAGGAAAAGAUUCCUCAACAGGAAGAAAUGUGUUUGACAGGGCCUGCUAAUGUAAUUAGUCGACAUGGAGAAUCAGAGAAUUGUGAAUUGAUGGAUUUUUCUCCGACCCAAGUGUCCGAGAGUCACAAACUUGUCCUUCCUGAGCGACAAAAGCCACAUUAUUCAUAUAAGGUGCCACCAACUGUUUGCUUUGGUCAUGGCUCAGUCAGAGGCUUCAAAGGUGGAAGGAAAAAGAAGUAGAGGAAAGCUUGCAUUUGUUACAUACUAUAUCUUUUAUAUGAUCUUGGAGGACUAUUUUACAAUAAAAAUAAAACAAAUGUAAAAUCCAAAACUUUGCUGGAAGAAUGUAAUUUAUUCUUUAUCCAUCAUUCUUUGGUUAAAUUGGUGCAAGGCAUGUAAUAAACUGAAUGUAUUGGAAUGAA